AUGCUGUUCCAGUUCAUAGCUGACGUGGCGCACUCGUUUCACGGAAAAUUUUUGGGCCCGUCGCUUUCGCUCCAUCCACAACCCUACUCUCCCCCGGUCCCAUCCCCCAAACUCCCCUGUCCUCUUCCCCUUCCCCCUAAUCCCCCGUCCCCCUCCCACCUCCGAUCCCGCCAUGGCGAAGCUCUCCGGAGCCGCGCGGACUCGCUGGAUUCGUGGGCGAGGGUUAGGGUUCGGGGCGUCGUGGCGGAGGGCGGGGAGGAGGAGGAGGAGGAGGAGGAGCGGCUAGGGUUAGGUUUAGGGUUAGGGUUCCGGGGAUCGGAGGGUGCGGGGGAGAAGCCCGUGUUCGGGGAUGUGAGUAGCCUCGCGAGGAGGCGGCAUCUGGGGGAGGAUUUCUUCAGCGACAUCUUCCCCGGGAGCGAGUCGUCGGGUUGCUCCACGCCGAAGAGGUUCGAUCGGGACGUGUUCUCGUCGUCGCCCGGUUCGCGGGUCCUCAGCCCUAACCGGCCCAUGCUGAACCGGUACGAGCCGCUUGUGGGCGGCUCAUCCCUUCCCGUGCAGAUCAGUCUUUCUAUGAAGUUGGCCAAGGGCAUAGAUAACCCAACAUUCGGUUCUCCUACUCCGCGUUUUCCAUAUAAAAAUGAGGAUGCUGCCUGUGAUACAUAUAGUCUUCCACCUUCGCCGAAUCCUUCAAUAUCAAGUUUUCAACCCCGAACAAUCCCCUUAUCACGGCUCUGUUCUCAUAGUGGAGAUACAUCCGACCCUAUUAAUGCCAGUAGUCUCCUGGAAAGCCGAUCUCAAAGGAACUCUGGUAGUUUAGAGAGUUAUGUGAGGAAUGGUCAGUUCCAUUUCUCUAUAUACAAAUGGGCUGGCAAAGGAGUCUCACUAACGUUGCCUUGUACUCCAAAAGAAAGAAAUGGGAAGGUAAGUGGACUAUGGGGAUUCCCUGAAGUUGUCAUACAAGGUAUUGACCUGCUUGCUAAUGAUGAAAUUUCAAUUGUCACGGGAGCACCAAAAAGCCAAAUGGAGGAUGCAGAUUACAAGCUGGGAAAUGAUCACUCCAUGGAGAGAGAAGAUGUAGAUCCUAAAAUUUUUAAAGAUGUUCUACCUGCUGAGUCUAGGAGGAAGAGCCUGCAAAGUUAUAUAAAUGAAGAAUCAGGAAGUGAAUCCAUGAGCAGCCAAGUUUUAGAUCCAGAAGGCUUCUCUGCAGGAGGAACCAUUAAAGAUGAUUCUAAAACAUCGCAAGAAGCUUGCAAACAAGAUGCUAGUGUUGGAGGACCUAACCCUGGCACACAAGAUGCUAGUGUUGAAGUAACUAACCCUGGCACACAAGAUUCUGAAGCUCUUUUAGAUGAUAGGAUGGUUAGUGGCAAGGUGAAGGGAAAAGUCAAAGAGUUCAUUAAAAUUUUCAACUACGAAGGUUCACCAAAGCGCAAGGGUUCAUUUGAAACUCAAGAUCACAGGUCAAGAGGAAACGCUAAAAGCAAAAGCAGAGCAAAAGCCAAAGUUAGCUCUUCUGUUAAUGAGCCAAGUGAAGUGGAAGUGACCCAGAUAAACAAUGAAGAUGCAUUCUGGGUUACCACUUCUUUGGCGGAUGAAGUACUGGAGAAGACGAAGGAACAGAUCUCUAAUUUCAAUUCUGAUAUUCACAUGAUCAAUGACUCCUCUUCGGAAAGGAAUGAAACAUUUAAGGCUUGCGCUGAGUCAACUUAUGAAACCUUAGAUUCUUCAGUAGGCUAUACAGAGGAAACACAGUUUGAGGAUAUUGAAGGAUGCCUGGUUGAACAAUUAUCUGAAGAUCACAAUGAACCUCAGCCUAAAGAUACAUAUCAAGAUCAAAUUAAAAUCUCAGAUGCUAAAAUACGAGAAUGGUCAAAAGGAAAAGAAGGGAAUAUCAGGUCCCUGCUAUCAACUCUCCAAUAUGUUCUUUGGCCCGAGAGUGGGUGGAAGCCUGUUCCACUUGUCAAUAUAAUCGAAGGGCCAUCAGUGAAAAGAUCCUACCAGAAAGCACUUUUGUGUCUGCACCCUGAUAAGCUACAGCAAAGGGAUGCUGCUCCACAUGAAAAGUAUAUGGCAGAAAAAAUUUUCGAUAUUUUGCAGGAGGCCUGGGAUCAAUUUAAUGCAAUCGGUGGCUUUUGAUGAGAGAACCGGUAUUCCUUUUCCUGUGCUGAUACCUGGUAAUACGUAUAUAUAACCUACUUCAUAUUCAUUUCAAUAUUUAUACAUGCGCAUGCUAUUUAGAGUCGGAAAGAUUCUUGUUCUUAUUUAGAGUGGAAGAAGGAACACAAUAAUUCCAUUUAAAUGCAUUACCUGUUGAUUGCACGAUAAUGAUGAAUUGAUGGAGAAAAGAAUAAUUGGCUAUUAUCUUUCAUCAAAAAUUGGCCUAUGCAUAUUGAUAUUAUAAUGUACAUAUCAGCACUCACAUGAAGUUUUAAAUGGCA